GCCAGGAGGCGAGCCGGGGCGGGGGGCUGCUACCCCCGGCUGGCGCUGUCCCCACAGACCGCGGGCUCUCCCUUGGCCAGGCAUAUCGCGACAGGCCCUAUCGCGGGGGGGGGAGUCCGGGCCCGGCUGGGGUGGAGGCCGCGGCCCGGGAACGUGAGGCCGGGCAGCGCCCGCCCGACCCGGCCUCUUUACCCUCCCCCGCCCCCCGGGCCGAGCCUGGCCGGUCCCGCCGGCGCGGCGGCUGCGCACUGCGGUUCUGCGCUCUCAUCAUGGCGGCGCGGGGCCAUGUGCAGGACCCCAACGACCGGCGCCUCCGGCCUAUCUACGAUUAUCUUGAUAAUGGCAAUAAUAAAAUGGCAAUCCAGCAGGCAGAUAAACUGCUAAAAAAACACAAAGAUCUUCACUGCGCUAAGGUUUUAAAGGCAAUCGGCUUGCAGAGAACUGGGAAACAAGAUGAAGCGUUUGCUCUCGCACAAGAAGUAACAGCACUCGAACCUACAGAUGACAACUCUUUGCAAGCACUAACUAUCCUUUACCGGGAAAUGCAUAGACCGGAGUUGGUAACAAAACUUUACGAGGCAGCUGUAAAGAAGGUUCCCAACAGUGAGGAGUAUCAUUCUCAUCUCUUCAUGGCCUAUGCCAGGGUCGGGGAAUACAAGAAAAUGCAACAGGCUGGAAUGGCACUUUAUAAGAUUGUCCCCAAAAACCCUUACUACUUUUGGUCUGUGAUGAGCCUAAUUAUGCAGUCUAUUUCAGCACAAGAUGAAAACCUCUCCAAAACAAUGUUUUUGCCCCUAGCUGAAAGAAUGGUGGAAAAAAUGGUGAAGGAGGAUAAGAUUGAAGCUGAGGCUGAAGUUGAACUUUACUACAUGAUACUGGAACGUUUGGAGAAGUAUCAGGAAGCCUUGGAUGUUGUUAGAGGAAAACUAGGAGAGAAGUUGACUAGUGAGCUCCAGAGUCGAGAGAAUAAGUGUAUGGCGAUGUAUAAGAAGCUGUGCAAGUGGCCAGAAUGCAACGCACUGUCCAGGAGGUUGCUACUGAAAAACUCGGAUGAUUGGCAGUUCUAUAUAAUUUACUUUGAUUCAGUCUUUCAACUCAUUGACAAAUCCUGGACUCCUCCAGCAGAAGGAGAGCACUCUCUGGAAGGAGAAGUGCAUUAUUCUACAGAGCAAGCUGUGAAAUUUAUAGAGGAGAGGAUAACAGAAGAAGCUAAGAGCUCUCGGCCACUUCGGGGACCCUACCUAGCCGAACUGGAGCUGAUUAGACGUUUGCGACACAGGGGUUGUAAGGAUGAAUAUAAACUAGGUGACCCAGAAGAACUAAUGUUCCAAUACUUCAAAAAGUUUGGGGACAAACCCUGCUGUUUCACUGAUCUCAAGGUAUUUGUGGACCUCCUCCCACCUAGCCAGUGUACAAAGUUCAUCAGUCAGUUGCUGGGAAUCAUUCCUUUGUCAGUACCAGCAGAGGGUAAACUUGCACUACCAGCUGACAUCAAAGCUUUGCAACAACACUUGUGUGUGGUUCAGCUAACAAGAUUGCUUGGUCUCUAUCACACCAUUGACAAAAAACAAAAGCUGAGUGUAGUCCGGGAGUUAAUGUUAAGAUACCAGCAUGGAUUGGAGUUUGGGAAAUCUUGUUUGAAAACUGAAUUGCAGUUUUCAGAUUAUUACUGUCUGCUUGCAGUUCACCUGCUUCUGGAUAUGUGGCUAGAGGCAGGUGAAGAGAUGGCCGUGUGGCAGUCCUUGACUUUAUUAGAAGAAGGAUUAACCCACAGUCCUUCUAAUGCUCAGUUCAAAUUGCUGCUCAUUCGAAUUUACUGCAUGCUUGGUGCAUUUGAACCUGUUGUGGAGCUUUAUUCCAGCCUUGAUGCUAAGCACAUCCAGCACGACACCAUCGGUUACCUUCUGACACGCUAUGCAGAGUCCCUGGGUCAAUAUGCUGCUGCAUCCCAAUCCUGCAAUUUUGCACUCAGGUUUUUCCACUCCAACCAGAAAGAUACCUCAGAAUAUAUUAUUCAAGCCUACAAGUAUGGUGCAUUUGAGAAGAUCCCAGAAUUCAUUGCUUUUAGGAACAGGCUGAAUGCCUCACUUCACUUUGCACAAGUCCGCACUGAACGGAUGUUGUUAGACCUCUUACUUGAAGCAAAUAUAUCAACCAGUUUAGAAGAAAGUAUAAAGUCCAUGAGUCUGAGUCCAGAGGAAGAUGAUAUUCCAUGGAAAGAUUUGCAUGACAACAGAGACCUAACCGUCUUAUUUAACUGGGAUCCAAAAGACAGGGACAUUUCUGAGGAGCAUAGGAAACUGUCAUUGGAGGAAGAAACCAUCUGGUUGCAAAUCCGAUCUUUAACUUUAAGGCUAGUAAGCGGACUCCCAACUCUUAGUCAUACUGUUCACCCAAAGAACUCCGAAAAGACUGCUGAGAAUGGUGUCUCAUCCAAAAUUGAUAUGAUACGGUCUCUGCUUCAACAACUGGAAACGGCAGUGGAUUCAGGGAAGCAGUUUCUUGAGCAGAAAAUUCAGUAUCCUGUCCUUGGCCCUCCUCCUACCCGAAUGGCUGGCUUCUUCAGUAAUGGCAGCUGUCAGUGCCAGACUAGCUUGUUUUAUCUUGUUAGUGAUAUUUAUGAACUAGAUACCAAUGGCUUAGAAGAUUCAACAGAAAUCCAAGAGAGGAUAGGGAAUAGUUUUAAAUCUUUACUAGAACAAUUAACAGACUUGUUCAAUAAAUGUAAAAGUGACUUGAUGGAAGUCAGAGAUGGCAUCUUGAAAACUCAUCCUAACAUUUUAGAAAACUUAGUCUUCUUUGUUGAGACAAUGUCCAUCACCCUAUGGGUGUCAGGUUACUGUGAUAGUGUCCUGCGACCCUUCAAAUCAAGCUUACAGAAAAAGAAAAAAAAAAAAGAAACCAGUGUAGUUAUGCCUCCUGUAUUUACCAGUUUUUUGGAUUAUGUUACUGAGCUACAGACGUUAACUUCCAAUGUUAUAGACCAUAUCAAAGGGCUCGAAAUCAUUCUGACUGCACUUAAACUUGAAGAACUGUCCAUAGAUGACACUUUCCUUUCACAGGAAGAAAAAAAGUUUACAAAGACUGUGCAAGGAAAGGUGCAGAGCAGUUACCAGCACUCAAUUCAGGAAAUUGGGGAGCUGCUGAAAAAGAGACUUGAUACCAUAAAAAAACUAAAGAUUUAAGAAAUGCACCCCAGGCAUAAAGACUUCACAACAGAGUGACACCAUAAUCCCAGGCAGAAGCAACAUCCAACAUACCAUCACUUUAAUCCAGAACUUCCUCAUAAAUGCAUGAAGGACUUUAAUCAUAAAUAUUUUUUUUAGGUAUUAAAGAUAUAUUCAGCUGAUUAAAUUAUUGUACAUAAACCAGAAGCAGGGACCCUCCAUCAGGGUUUGACCACUUUUUAUACAUGUUCAUAAGCAUAUUGCAACAGGAAAAAUUGAAUUUUCUUCCCUUUUGGUCUCCAGAGACAACUGGAGAUAAUCUUUAGAAGCAGCAAUAGAAAUCCAGUCUAAAGCAUAUAUCUCAAAGGAGUUGUAUUUUCAUCUACCAUACAGUGUUUAUAGGUUUUAUAUGGUCCUUGCCUUAGAAAAGCAGAAAUUGUAGAUGCCCACAUUCAACCUUGGAGCAUAUUAUGUGGCCUCUUCCACUGAAGCAGGUUAGUUCUGGAGCUGUCUAUUCUAUUGACAAGCCAUGUGGCCCUGCUGAAAAAAAGAAUUGAUAUCAUGUGGGUCCAGCAGAGACAGAUGACGUUAUAUUGGAAGCACAUCUUUUAUUUAGGCAUAUACUGCCUUCCGGUGAUGCUCAUCAUUAACUGAAGAGGGUCAGAGUAAGUCAUGCUUAGCACCGAUGCAGUUUCCUCUAAGAUUGAACCCCAGCGAUUGUUGGAGGAAGGGAGUGGUGUUAGUUUACAUACAGAUUGUUUCUAGUGGAAAGGUGGUUCAAAAAAUUACAAGCCUGAUCACUGUUUCAGCAAAAAGCUGGAGGCAAUGUACAUAAUAUCUGCAGUGAAGUCUGACACCACUGACUCUGAUCUCGUGUCAGUUUCCCGUAAAACAGUAAUCAUUGUGACUUUAAAAGGGGCUUGAAAUUUUAAGACUAAGUACUUAAAUAAUUUGUAAUGGAAUUGAGUCCUGUCAACUUUCUAUGGCUGUAAGUUGGCAGAAGUAAUUUUUGCUUCCAGUGUGGUAUGAAGCUGAGAAUGUUACUCUUUUGUUUGUAACUGUUUCCUUUCGCAACUGAUCUUUUAUGAUUAUCCAAGUAUAGACACAUUAGUAAUUCUGUUAGAGAAAUGUAAUUGCAUCAUCUGAUCCCAUAAAAUCUGCAUUUCUGCUAUUUUAAUUUAAAGAGUAAUACAGACACACUAUAAAACAAAUAGGCACAAAUACGAACAUGUUGCACCUAGGAUGUGAGGGACACUUGAGACUCUUACAGAUUUCUUAUCUUCUAAUUAAAGAAAAGCAAGUAUAAUCUGAAAUCUAUAUUUAAAGUUUUAAGAGAGCUGACAAUCCUAGUGUUGUUAUCUCUUCUGAAUACAUUUUGUUAGAAACGCUAGAAUGUUGAUGAGAGUAUUUUUUUAAAAGCCCUGUGUAAAAUUUCAAGUUGCUGCUCUUGCUGGAUUUAGUUUUACUUUGCCCCUUCCUAAAAGAGAGAGAGGACUUCCUACAAGGUGUUUAAAUUGUGAUGGAUGUGCUUAUGAUGUAGAUGCAGUGUCUGGUAAGUGCUUUGGGCCGGGGGAAAAACAAUACCAAAAUGUAUUAACUCUGUUUUAUAGUGAAACAUCUUUCCUGAGCAAACUAUCGUAUAUGUUUGUAUGGAAAUACUUUUGGAAAGACAAGUGUGCUAUUUACAUUAAAACAAGACUCAUGACUGAAGUUGAUCAUUUGAAAUGCAUAGUUUAAGUGAAAACAGUCCCAUCACGAAGAUUGCACAGUGGCACUGAGGUGAAGUCUGCACUAGGCUUUUGGGCUAAAAUAGUCACACCUUGCAAACAUCAGUAGGACUGGCUAGUGUAGACAGGGCUCCAGGCAAACACUGACACUUUUAAGUACCAGGUUGCAGAGAGCUCUGAACAAGACCAGACAGUGCAGUAGUCUAUGCUGGAGCUCCUGUCCAUCGUUGCUACUACCAGCGGAGCUGAACAGUAGAAAAGUUUAGUGAAGUAAGUUUAGACUACAAGCCUUAAAGCCUUGUGUACAUGAGAAAGCAGAACUUGCUAAACAUGUUUUUCAGCAUCAGUUCCCUUUGAACAAGAUUGAAACCAGUGGGUUAUACAUCUGGCUGUGUUAAUUUUAGUCAGCUGGAUUGAGUUCUGAGAGUGGGUGGAACCAAGCAUCAGUCACGCUUUCAGAAAUGGCAUUGAACAUGCUUGUGUUCAGUCUGCACUAGCAUUUAAACCUUGCUCAAUACCAGUUCAGGAGGAAUGUUCCGUUUUUCCCAGGGUACAGCUGUUUUCCCAUUUCCACUUGCAGCCACCCAAUUGACCCUAAGCCUAAUGUCAAACAGUCUGAUUCUUUUGUUACACAGUGGAUGUUUCUAUACUAAUUCUCUAGCAUGAAAAUCAGAUGCUCUUAAAACUCCAGGGUUUCUCUAUAAAAGAGGCAACUAGAUGGGUAUGCAGAAAUGGUUAACUAAUUACUGAGCCUUUGGGAAUCUUCUCAAUCCUUAUAAAUUGUGUACAGUUAAAUAUAUAUUUCUUACUAAAGUAAAGAGCAUUUUCCCCCUCCAGCACAUACACCUUCACUGGGAUUUGAUAGGAAAUCCAGGGUAUAACCCAUUGCUGCUGUUAUCCUUUUUGUGGUUAACUGAACCGUGUGUUUAGAAAGCUACCAAGACUACUGUUUACAGACUGAAAAUUAUUGCUUUUAUACUACUGGGAUCAUGAGCCAAGAUCCUUCUACAGAUUUCCUCCUCAACUGAUUUCUUUGCUUUAAAUCAUUUGUCUGAUGUGGAUAAAGGGGAAGAAUUCUCCAUCUGCCUUUCUCUGCAUAAAGAAAAAUUUGCAAUGCCUCCCUGUAUUGCCCAUUGUUUUUGUAUCUUUUUAGCAGUUUUAACUGUUCAAAAAUUGCAUUUAUAUUUUGCAAUCAUUAUGUUAAAUCGUGAUUUAUUUUAACCUUCAUUAAUAUAAAAGGGUUCUUUUGUUACAUCUGCAGCCUUAUCUGAACUUUCUCUUCCUGAUUAUUUGUUGUAAUUUAUGACUGUGGAAGUUAUGUAUGCUUUCAGCCUUCUACGGAAUUAAGUGACACAACCACAAGCAAUCUGCUUUAAACUGGAUGGGUUUAUAAUUUAUAUAAAAGUCAGUUUCGUUAUAAA